GACCCAGAGAGAGAGACAGACACAGAGAGAGAGAGAGAGAGAGAGAGUAAUUUUGCCAAACUUGAGGCCAACCUCUCUCCUCCCAUCUCAUUCUUUCCUACAUGGGCACUGAUGAGUUUGCAGACAGUGCAGUAACAGACUGAACACCGCUGGAGAACCAGGACACGACCUGAGAUCACAAAGCGACAAAGAAAAUCAACAGACCAGCCAAUAAAUCCUGUCACAUCACACUUUCCUCUUCUUCUGACCAUCUUUAAAAAAAAAAAGGAACAGACAGCUGCAAUGGCGACACCCAAAAACACUCCCCGAGGUGCGAACACACCACUGUCACCCAACCGCAUCACCCGGCUCCAGGAGAAAGAGGAUCUGUGCAACCUAAACGAUCGCCUGGCUGUGUAUAUCGACAAAGUCCGCUCUCUGGAAGUCGAGAAUGCCGGGCUGCGUCUGCGCAUCACCGAGUCUGAGACGGAGGUCAGUCGGGAGCUGACAGGUCUGAAGGCCGCCUACGAGGCCGAGCUGGCUGAUGCCCGCCAAACUCUGGACUCUGUGGCCAAAGAGCGAGCUCGUCUGCAGCUGGAGCUGGGCAAACUGAAGGAAGACUAUAAAGAGCUGAAGGCCAGAAACACCAAAAAGGAGUCUGAACUAGUGGCAGCUCUGCAGAGGCUCAAAGAUCUGGAGGCUCUGCUCAACUCCAAGGAUGCGACACUGACUACGGCUCUGGGAGAGAAGCGCAACCUGGAAGUGGAGAAUCGGGAUCUGAAGGCCCAGCUCGCCAAGCUAAACACAGGUUUGGACGAUGCCAGGAAGCAGCUGCAGGACGAGAUGCUGAGGAGAGUGGACGGAGAAAAUCGUAUCCAGACUCUGAAGGAGGAACUGGAGUUUCAGAAGAGCCUGCACUCUGAGGAAUUGCGGGAGAGUAAACGGCGUCACGAGUCACGUAUGGUUGAGUUGGACAACGGACACCAGCAGGAUUUCGAGAGCAAACUGGCCGAGGCGCUGGUGGAAAUGCGCAACCAGCACGAGCUGCAGAUCAAACUGUACAAGGAGGAGAUUGAGAAGACCUACAACAGCAAGCUUGAAAAUGCUCGUCAGUCUGCAGACAGAAACAGCCACCUGGUCGGAGCAACUCAUGAGGAGCUGCAGCAGACUCGGAUGCGGCUGGAGUCCACAUCUGCUCAGCUCAGCCAGCUGCAGAAACAGUUGGCGGCCCGUGAGGCUAAGAUCCGGGACCUGGAGGACGCGUUGUCUCGGGAGCGGGACACCACGCGUCGCCUGCUGGGGGAGAAGGACAGAGAGAUGACGGAGAUGAGGCAGCGCAUGCAGCAGCAGCUGGACGAGUAUCAGGAGCUGCUGGACGUUAAACUGGCCCUAGACAUGGAGAUAUGUGCCUACAGGAAGCUGCUGGAGGGAGAGGAGCAGAGGCUACGCCUGUCCCCGAGUCCUCCUCCCACCAGAGUGACAGGAAGUCGUACCUCGGUGUCGGCUGCUCACUCUCGGUCGGUCCACUGCAGUGCUCAGAGUUCUCCUGUCAAGAGGCGACGCCCCAACGACACGGACAGUGAGGCCUCCAGCUUCACAGGGGGCGCUGUGGCUCGCACCCGCAUCACCCAGCAGGCUUCGGCCAGUGGGCGGGUCACUGUGGAGGAGGUGGACCUGGACGGGAAAUAUGUCCGACUCAGCAACAAAGCAGAUGAGGAUCAGAAUUUAGGGAACUGGCAGCUGAAGCGUCAGGUGGGAUCUGGUUCAUCCAUUGUCUUCAAGUUCCCGGCUAAAUUCACCCUGAAGGCCGGACAGAGGGUCACGAUCUGGGCCUCUGGUGCCGGUGGAGUCCACAAUCCUCCCUCUGACCUGGUGUGGAAGACUCAGCCGUCCUGGGGAACCGGAGACUUGUUCCAGACCACACUGAUCAGUGCUAAUGGAGAGGAAAUGGCGAUGAGGAAAGUGACUCGCACACAGUUUGAAGAAGAUGAUGAUGACAUGCAGGUGGCUCACAGCACUUGUGGGGACAGUGAGUACAACCUGCGGAGCAGGACCGUGGUGUGCGGCUCGUGUGGACUCCCCUCGGACAAAUCCAACAACUGCUCCGUGAGCUCGGCCUCCCGCUCUUUCCGCAGCGGCGGCAUCUCUGAGGGUUUGCUGCCGCCGCACUCCUACAUGUUCGGCACCAGCACUCCUCGCAGGACUGGAGCCAGAAUGGAAGGCUGUCCAAUCAUGUGAAGCCCUCGUGCCACGUUUUUUUGCAUCACUUAAACUUUCAGUUAUUAGUUCUCUAGUUUCUAGUUGUAGUUUUUAAGUUCCUCUAUUGUACGCUGGAAUGAUUUUGAUUUUCAUGGUAUUGUAUGGAAUGUUUUUUUGAUGUACCAAGGCAUGCUUUUGAAAUAUUUUCUUGAAUUUCAUGUAAGCCUUUUUCUUCCACUUGUAUUGGUGACAUGAAGAAUUGGAACUUUCAUCAACCUGACCGUAAGUUUGUGUAAGUUUAUUCUAACAAAAAACAAACCAAGUAUUUUCUGAUAAAAAUUUGUGCUUUUUUUAAAUAAUAAAAAUGCAUCAACAAUUACUUGGUUAUACUGACGCAGCAGGGCUGUGGUGAAUUAUUUUUUAUUCAGUUACUUUGAGAGAAAAAACAAAAAGCGUAUUUCUUUUCCACAAGCUAAAGUAAAUUGACCCCAGCCUUGUUUCAGAUUCACUGAAUUUUGUGUAACUUUUGUAACAUUUGUAUCAAUAAACAUAUUUUCUGAA